AUGCGCAUCAACGCAAUCCUCCUCCAACGCGCCGGUUCUCCAACCGCUAUUCAUCUUCCGUCCACAAAACCGGAAAGUCUUUCUACCCAUCCCUCUGCAGCUAUACAAAUAAAUCAGACUGUUUCUUCCGCUGAUAUACCGUCCCAAAUGCGCCCGGCACCUCAGACUGUUAUUAUUCCGGCACCUACCAUUCCUCAAUAUUCUGGUACACCUUCUGAAAAAUCUCUCCAGUUUUUACUUCGUCUUCAGCACUUUGCUUCAAGCAUGUACGGCUGGACUGAUACUGUAUUACUGCGGGAUGUACCAGAACCGGGAACCGAGGAACUGUCGGCAGAACUGAGUCAAUUGCUACCCGGUAGGAAUUGA